GCGACCGUGAGGAAGCCGUGAACGCCGCCGACCGUCUGCACGCCUCGCUCCGUCUGCCAUGGCUGGCUGAGGAAGCCUCCGGCUCGCCGCGGCGCGCGGGGAGGGACGGGAGGGGAGCGGCGGCCGGGCGUGCGGCCGAGGGAGGGGCGGCGGCGCGAGCUGCGGCGGCGGCGGUUCCAGCAUGAAGAGGAGAACUGGCCUGGGGGGCAGCAUGAGGUCAGUGGUGGGCUUCUUGUCCCAGCGGGGCUUGCAUGGGGACCCCCUGCUCACUCAGGACUUUCAGAGGAGACGCCUGCGGGGCUGCAGAAACCUCUACAAGAAGGACCUUCUCGGCCACUUCGGCUGUGUCAAUGCCAUUGAAUUCUCCAACAAUGGAGGCCAGUGGCUGGUCUCAGGUAAAUCAACCCACUUCCUUCCCCUCCCCACGCCUCCCGGGCCCCUUCCAGCUGCCCCUUGCCCUUCCCCGCCAUCCUCCUGCUGCCCUGUGUCCCCACCCCCCGCCCUUCCCAACCCCUUCCCAGCGCGACAGGCAGCUGAAUCGAUAGCCUAUUGCUCCGGGGGAGGCCCGGGCCGGAGCGGCGGCGGCGGCGCCUGCGUACGCCGCGGUCGGGGGUCCCUGGCGGCCGCCCGCUCCUCCCCGGGGUCGUGGCCCCGGGUGAGGGCGGGUGCGGCUGGGCUCUCGCCUGGGAAGGGGCGGCUCCCAGGAACCCCGCUGCGCUGCGAAGGGCCUAGACCAGUUCGGGCGUUCCUGCUUGCCUCCUUCCUGCACUCCUUUUCCUACGCUGGGAAGGUUGAAGGGGAGCCCAGCCCUGGACGUGGCGCUCGACUUCAUCCAGGUGGAUGUCCGAAUGGCUUUCUAAUUUGCGCCAUUGGGCAGCUUUCCAGAAACUUCGGCUUUUAUGGCAAAGCAUCUGUCUUCCUCGCAAGAACUAUGAAAUGUCUGUCUUUUUCCUUUGUAGGAAAUGAUGAGCAAGUUAUCCUCCAUGAUGUUGAAAGCAGUGAGACCCUGGAUGUGUUUGCUCAUGAAGAUGCAGUAUAUGGCUUGUCAGUGAGCCCAGUGAAUGACAACAUUUUUGCCAGUUCUUCAGAUGAUGGCCGGGUUCUCAUUUGGGACAUCCGGGAGUCUCCCCAUGGAGAGCCCUUCUGCCUGGCAAACUACCCAUCAGCCUUUCACAGUGUCAUGUUUAACCCUGUGGAGCCCCGGUUAUUGGCCACAGCCAAUUCAAAGGAAGGAGUGGGACUGUGGGACAUUAGAAAGCCUCAAAGUUCUCUCCUGCGCUAUGGUGGCAACCUGUCUCUCCAAAGUGCCAUGAGUGUUCGAUUCAACAGCAAUGGCACCCAACUCCUGGCCCUGCGGCGCCGCCUGCCCCCUGUCCUCUAUGACAUCCACUCCCGCCUGCCAGUGUUCCAGUUUGACAAUCAGGGUUACUUCAACUCAUGCACUAUGAAGAGCUGCUGUUUUGCAGGGGAUCGUGACCAGUACAUCCUUUCAGGCUCUGAUGACUUUAACCUAUACAUGUGGAAGAUCCCUGCAGAUCCAGAAGCAGGUGGCAUUGGCAGGGUGGUCAAUGGAGCCUUCAUGGUGCUGAAAGGGCAUCGGUCCAUUGUUAACCAGGUUCGGUUUAACCCCCACACCUACAUGAUCUGCUCUUCUGGUGUAGAAAAGAUUAUCAAGAUCUGGAGCCCGUACAAGCAGCCAGGAUGCACAGGAGACCUCGAUGGUCGGAUUGAAGAUGAUUCCCGAUGCCUCUACACCCAUGAAGAGUACAUCAGCCUUGUAUUGAACAGUGGGAGUGGCCUGUCCCACGACUAUGCUAACCAGUCAGUCCAGGAAGACCCCCGGAUGAUGGCUUUCUUUGACUCUUUGGUGCGGCGCGAGAUCGAGGGCUGGAGCUCCGACUCAGACAGUGACCUGAGCGAGAGCACUAUCCUUCAGCUGCAUGCGGGAGUCAGUGAGCGCUCCGGCUACACUGACUCUGAAUCCUCAGCCUCACUGCCCCGCUCCCCACCUCCGACGAUAGAUGAGUCUGCCGACAACGCCUUCCACCUGGGGCCCCUGCGUGUCACCACCACAAGUGCAGUAGGGUCAACCCCAGCAACACCAACAUGUGAGGAUGCAGCCUCUCGACAGCAGCGCCUGUCUGCUCUGCGUCGCUAUCAGGACAAGCGCCUCCUGGCCCUGUCCAACGAGUCUGAUUCUGAAGAGAAUGCCUGUGAGGCUGAAAUGGACACAGACCUCUUUCCUCGGCCACGGUCGCCCAGCCCUGAGGAUGGAUCCAGCAGUUCCAGCAGCUCCAGCAGCUCGGAGGAUGAAGAGGAACUGAACCAACGCCGAGCCACCACCCGACAGCGAAAUGCAAUGCGGAGGCGACAGAAGACAUCCCGGGAAGAGCGGCCCAACGCUCCAGUCAAGCCCACGAACACCUACAUUGGAGAGGACAAUUAUGACUACCCCCAGAUCAAAGUGGAUGACCUCUCCUCCUCCCCAGACUCUUCCCCCGAGCGGAGUGCUUCCACUCUGGAUAUUCAGCCAAGCCGGGCACCACCGGCUGCCAACAUGGAAUCAGUUGAGCGAAAGAUUUAUAAAGCUUACAAAUGGCUCCGAUACUCCUAUAUCUCUUACUCGAAUAACAAAGAUGGAGAAACCUCCUUAGUGACAGAGGAGGCAGAUGAAGGAAGAGCAGGAACCAGCCACAAAGACAACCCAACUCCUUCUUCCAGUAAGGAAGCCUGUCUAACAGAUACAACCCAGAGGAACCAGGAACUGCUCUCUGAAGGCUGCAGCAAAGAUGCCUGUAAAGAAGGGACUUCCACUAGAAACCCCAGCAGUGGCGCCAGCCAUGAGCACAGCAACCAUCCUUGGGCAGAGGUGCCAGAGGACACCUCUCAGGACACUAACAACAGUGGCCCUCUAGAACAUGCUUUUGAAACCAGGAAGCUUAAUGGAAAGGCCCUGAGCAGUCGGGCUGAGGAGCCACCCUCUCCUCCGGUCCCCAAGGCAUCUGGCUCCACUCUCAACAGUGUAUCUGGCAGCUGUCCCAGGACCCAGUCUGAUGACAAUGAGGAGAGGAGCCUUGAAACCCUCUGUGCCAACCACAACAAUGGACGCUUGCACCCCCGACCCCUUCAUCCCCACAACAAUGGGCAGAACUCUGGGGAGCUGGAGACAGGGGCCUACUCUUCCCCAGGACACCCAGACACUGACCAUGACAACCCAUCCCUGACAGGAACACUUCUACACAAAGAUUGUUGUGGGGCUGAAAUGACCUGUGAGACCCCAAGUGCUGGAAUGAGAGAGGACCCCACUGACCCCUCAGCCAUGGACAGCAGCAAGGUUGUUCAUGGCCACAGUGCCCUCAAAAGGCACCGAAUUGAAUUGGAAGACACAGAUUCAGAGAAUUCCUCCUCAGAGAAGAAAUUUAAAACAUGAUAAAUACAAAGGGAAAACAAAAAGCUACAAAAAGUAGCCUUACAAAAUAGUUUUUCUUGUUUAGUGAACACAGAGGAAAGGAAAAAGUAUUAAAGGCACAUAAACCGGGGGCCUGAACCGUGUCUGCUGCUGCUCCCUUCUGUUCAUCACUCACCAGUGGGUCAGAAUGUCUUCCUGGCAACUGCCUCGUGCUCUGCUGAGAGGGGGAGACUCCUAAUGGCCCUUCUCUAGUGAGGUGUGAGCAUAGCAGUCCUGUGCAGGUUCUGUGACAACGGGCCCUUCUUGGGACAUUAGGCUUUGUGUGUGUGUGUGUGUGUGUGUGUGUGUGUGUGUGUGUGUGUGUGUACAUGCCCACUGCACAUGUGGGCUUGUUGUCUAGGAUACCUUUUAGCUGUCCAUCAGCAAAGACGUGUGGGUCUGUAGCUUUUGCCAUCUCACUUGUUCACUGUUCACAUGACAUGGUGUCCUGGUCCUAACGAAGAGUGUCUCUUAGGUCAGAUUGUGCUGCAGUGUAUUGUAGAUUUAUGCUAGCAGAAAGGGGGGCCGAAUGGAAAGAGGCCUGCUUUCAGUUAAUUGGUUGUGCUGAAGAGGAAAACAUGGCUCCUUUCUUAAAUGCUCCAUGUUUUCUCCAUUAACACAUCACUGAGCAUUCACCGUGGCUCUGAGUAGAACAUUGUCCAUGCUAACGAGAGGUUGACGCUAGGUUGACAUUCUGAUGAUGUCGCUGUUUGCAGAAGGGGUAGAGCUACAUUCUGUGCUGUGAGGUGCCAUCCAGUGACUAGUGGAUAACACACUUUAAUCAUCUAGGUGCUGGGUUUCUAAGAGGCACUCAAGGCCGGCAGGUGCUUCCUUGGCUCCAGGUAGGGGAGUCCAGGCGUACUGAAAGAAGCAAGGACCGCUUGGGAGACCUCUUCACUUUAAUAAAAUGGCUGGUGGAGGAAAGCUAAUGAGUUGUAGUGCAGAGCAGACCAGGUGGUACUUAUUUUACUCCAGCGCUAAUCUGUCAGCCAUUGGGUCUGGCACCUUCCCUCAGGCUUGGAGUUGUCAGAGGCUGUGGGGUUCUACCUGAGCUUUGCAGGGUGGUAACAUCUCUUAGGAGACAGAGAGUAUGGAGUGACAAAUCUCCUGAGUCCCGGAAGACAGUGUGUUCUGUUGAAGUAGAUAACAGUGGAGAGAAGAAAAUAUCAAAUCUCCAGUGUGUAAUGGUGAUUGUAGUCCCUGAAGGGUUGUGCAAGACAAGAAGACCUAAGGAUGCCCAGAAGUCUUGUUGGUAUAGGUGUUAAAAGCAGGAGGAAGAGAGAAUGGUGGAACUGUGGAUGCAAAGGUGCUAGACAGCUGGAGGCUGGCCGGAACUGGCAUUGGGAGGACUUAGCACAAGGCAGCUGUGUCCUUACUGACCCAGCAUCCCUUUCUGAGGAGGACCUGUCCUAUUGGAAUGGAGCCAAGAGAAGACCACCUGUGGAGGCUGAAGAAUGGAUGGCUGUCAGUUUUGGGAGCCAGGGCUCUUAUAAAAGGAAGGUGGUUGGUAAGAACCAGGAGGCCAUGUCAUCUUUCUGAGCUUUGCAGAAGGGAGAUGUGCCUAGUAUCUGUGUGAUGUAGCUGAGGUGUGGACGCACGGUUUGAGAAGGAGAGGAAGGUGCCUGAGUAGGGCGGGAUGCAUAGUCAGCAGCUGGACUCUUCCUGGGGAGGGACAGUGAUUCUGUAACCAACGCUAGAAUUACUUUAGAUUUGUAAUCAAAAUGGUUCUAUGAUUUCUCUUUUGACUAUUCACAAAUAAUUGUAAAUUCUGGUUUUAUAAGCCCAAGUCAUUUUACAUUUGCUUUUCCAAAAUUAUUAAAUUGGAAUUUUUAAUUCUUUAUAUACAAAAAAAAGUUAUAACCACUCAGUGUGUGUCUCUCUUCCCCUUAGUUCAGCAUACCUGGUUCUUCUAUUCUGUUUUACACAAUAUCUUCCUGGAGGAAAAAGAAAACAAAAUUAGCUAUUAAUUAGUUUCCAAGUGCCAACUGUAGUCUUUAAUGCUAAAAGCUGUCUAUCUCAUUUGGGUACUCAAAUAACAUUCAAAAAAGAGUUCAUUUAGUUUGUAACUGUAGACACUGAGAAAGGUCAUCCUUUGAGGGUGCUUUCCAUCCUUGGGAGAGACUUCCAGCACCAUAGGUUUGAGUUGUCAGGAUGUGGGCCCCAAAAUACCCACCAGAGGUGGAGAGAAAGGGAUGCUUCUUUUAGCCACUCCACACUCGUUUCCAGAGGUCCAGGAACUACUUCAAAGGUCCCUUUGCCUAAAGCAUUGUAGAAUCCAGGCCUCCCAUAUUGAAAACAUAGUUUAAUCCCCAAAUUCUUCCGUGACAGUGUUUUUCCUAGCAGGCGAGGGCACUGAUCAGGCUAAGAACUCCUGGAAGUGCCUCUUAAGGACUUUUUUUCCUGCACCGUGUACAUAUGUUUUAAGUGGCAGGUCCAGGUAGUGAAACUGUUUCUCAUCCCUUUAUUUCUCACCUGGUUUUGUAAAUGAUUCUCAACCGAUAAAUGAGUUCAAUGAGUUGUUGGCUUGAGGCAAAUGAAGUUUGCAACUGUGCUGAUUUAAUAGGAGUCUUGUGUUGUCUGUCAAGGUGCCUUCCUCUGCUGAAGCCUUACCUCCUCUCAGCCCUGCCUCUUCUCACCCAGCAACGCUGACUCUCUGUGUAUAUGCAAAUAAACCUAUUAAUCACUUCU